AUGGAAGGGGAUACAUUUUCAGGGCUAGGUAAUGGUAGUAGUAGUACACAAAUAGAUGGAAAGGUAUUUCAGACAUUUCAAAAGAGUUUUGUACAAGUGCAGAACAUAUUGGAUCAGAAUAGGCUGCUAAUCAAUGAGAUAAACCAAAACCAUGAGUCCAAAAUCCCUGAUAACUUAAGCAGAAAUGUUGGUUUAAUCAGAGAGCUAAACAACAAUAUCAGAAGGGUUGUUGACCUUUAUGCAGAUCUUUCAUGUUCUUUCACAAAAUCAGUUGAUGCUUCAUCUGAAGGGGAUUCAAAUGGAAAAGCUAGCCACAAAAGGAGCAAGCCUAUUUAG